CUUCUCUUUUGUGUUUUCCUCUCAUUCGUAAUUACAUCAGAUUCUAAGCGUUUCUAGUGUUUUUUUUUCUUUCCUAAUUACCAUUUAAAUCCCCAUCUCCAUCUCUGAGCUUAAAUUUCUUUUGUAUCGAUUUCCCCAACAAAACUUUUAUCCAGAAGAAGUCAUGGCAGCUGAAGAUCAGACAAUCUCAAGUAGUGGAGGAUAUGUACAAAGCUCAUCAAUAACUGAUCAUGUUGAUCAUCAUCAUCAUGAACCUCCUCUUGCUAAAAAGAAGAGAAACCUCCCUGGAAAUCCUGAUCCAGAAGCCGAGGUCAUAGCGCUAUCUCCAAAAACACUAAUGGCCACAAAUCGUUUCCUCUGCGAGAUAUGUGGAAAAGGUUUCCAAAGAGACCAGAAUCUACAGCUUCAUAGGCGAGGGCACAACCUCCCAUGGAAGCUAAAGCAGAGGACGAGCAAAGAAGUAAGGAAACGAGUGUAUGUAUGUCCGGAGAAGAGUUGCGUCCACCAUCAUCCGACAAGGGCACUCGGUGACCUUACCGGGAUCAAGAAACAUUUUUGUCGGAAACAUGGCGAGAAGAGAUGGAAGUGUGAGAAAUGCUCCAAGAGAUAUGCAGUCCAAUCCGAUUGGAAGGCUCAUUCCAAGACUUGUGGGACUAGAGAGUAUAGAUGCGACUGUGGUACCAUUUUCUCGAGGAGAGACAGCUUCAUAACACACAGGGCGUUCUGCGACGCGUUAGCAGAAGAAACCGCUAGGCUAAACGCAGCUUCUCAUCUCAAGAGUCUUGCCGGUAAUAAUCUAAACUACCAUUAUCUCAUGGGCACACUUAUCCCAUCACCACCACAACCACCGUCGUUUCCAUUCGGACAACCGCAACCGCAGCAUCAAUACCACAAUUUCCCAGUCGCAACCACCACCUUCGAUCAUCAUCAAGACGCCAUGAAACCUGCGUCUUCGCUCUCCCUAUGGAUGGGAGAAAGUGUUAAUAACCAUCAUCAAGUGACCAUCGACGACCGCAUCGCCCCGCAGGUGGAGUCACCACAGGAGGAUUACAAUUGGGUUUUCGGAAACGAUAAUAACCGCGGCGAGCUCAUAACGACGAGCGAUUCCCUCAUCACACAUGAAAAUAUCAAUGUCGUUGUCCCGAGUAAGCAAAACGCAAACGCGGUUACUUCACUUUCCGCGCCUUCUCUUUUUAGCCAAGACGCAAACGCAGCUGUCGCGGCAGUUGCGAAUAUGUCCGCGACUGCGUUACUUCAAAAAGCGGCUCUGAUGGGCGCGACUUCUUCCACUCCGACGACGACGACAACCAUCGACCAAUCGGCGUUUCUCCAGAGUUUUGCGUCGAAAAUGUCCGAUCAGAGUCAGAUUGUAGAAGAUGGUGGCAGCGAAAAGUUCUUCGCUUUGUUUGGAUCAAACAGCGUCGGGUUAAUGAGUAACAACGGUCUUCAUCACGAGAUCGGGAACCCUAGAAAUGGCGUUUCAUUCGUUUCGGAGAUUAAUGAACUACAAAACUACCCCUGGAAACGUAGAAGGGUUGAGAGUGGGGACGCAAGAGUAGGAGGGCAAACUCGUGAUUUCCUCGGUGUUGGUGUACAAACGAUAUGCCACUCAUCCUCUAUCAAUGGAUGGAUUUAAGCCACUUUAUUAAAAUGUUUCUUCUCGAGAUUUUCUACCGUAUUUAUUAGAACUUAUCGAAGCUGAUUUCUUCCAUUAAACAAAAAUCUUAGAGACGCUAUGAAGACCCCCGAACAUAACCAAAUGAUUUGAUUCUUUCAAUUUCUCUGCAACACAUUUUCUUCUACAACUUUUUUUUUUCUUUUCCAUUUAUACUCUAGAGACAAGCAUAACGACAAUGUUUAAAUGUAGACUAGAGUGACUUGCGUAUUGGUAUUAUAUUAGCAGUUUCGUUG